UGACCAUGUAAAAGCGAGGAGCGGCUGGCUUGACCGCAGUUCUGCACUGCGUUCCGUGUGCGACUGGGCUUACUCAUAAACUCUCAGUGGUUAGAAGUUUACAAAAUGGGAACUUUAAAAAAAGUCCUGCUGGCAAGUUUAUGUGUCGCUUUUGUUGCUGUCAAGUGGUCUGCACCGAGUUUUGACUCAGAGUCUCUCAGAGGAGCCAGGGUAUUGGUGACGGGGGCCAGUACGGGAAUUGGAGAACAGAUGGCAUAUCACUACGCCCGCUUUGGUGCACAGAUAGUAAUUACAGCAAGAAGGGAGAAAGUGUUACAGCAGGUGGCAGAGAAAUGCCAGAGUUUAGGGGCCCAAAAAGCCCUCUACAUAGCAGCAGACAUGGCCAGUGUGUCUGACCCCGAUCAAGUGGUCGAUUUUGCAGUGGAGAAACUUGGGGGGUUGGAUUACAUGGUUCUCAACCACAUAGGGCCGAGCCCCUUCAGAAUGUGGGACGGAGACGUGGAGCACACCAGGUGGCUGAUGCAGGUCAAUUUCUUCAGCUAUGUUCACAUGGCUUGGAAGGCUUUGGCUUCCCUCGAGCAAAGUAAAGGAUCUCUGGUGAUUGUUUCAUCACUUUUAGGUAAAAUGGCAAGUCCCUUUGUGGCACCGUAUACCUCAACAAAAUUUGCCUUGAAUGGUUUCUUUGGGGCCCUUCAUCAUGAGCUGGCUAUGAAGAAAAGUAAUGUGUCCAUCUCUAUAUGUACACUAGGUCUCAUUGAUACUGAAGCAGCUAUGGACAAAGUCAGGGGUGUCACUAACAUACCAGCAUACCCAGCCACAGAUGCAGCACUGAACAUCAUCAAAACAGGAGCUACAAGACAGACAGAUUUAUACUACCCUUGGUUUACCCAACUUGUGACUCUCAGCAAAGACUGGUUACCAUCCCUCACAAGCUAUAUCAUCCAGAACUCCUACAACUACAGCCCAUGAAAGAAACUGUAGUACCCUGAUGCAAGUCGUAGAUUUGUUACGCAAUACUAAUAUUCUAGUAGACUCAGACUU